AUGAGCAUCUGGACGCGUAUAAAACGAGCCCCGAGCAGACCACAUGCACACAGUACACAAUGAACGCGGCUGUGUGCGCGCUGCUCUCCCUAGCGAUCCAGUGCAUUGAGGCGGAGGGACCCAGCAAUGAGCUGUUCUCUUACAUGGCAAUGCCGUACUCUAAAGAAACUCCUCCGGGGAUACACGGCUUGUCAGACGAGUCACAGAACCGCACGAAGAUGCACGUCAAAGACAUCGUUCCGAUGAUGGGCGACCCAAAAUACACCUUACAACAGAACCCGCUGCCCGGGCACGGCUGGUACAAACACGGGGAGAUAACGCUGGGGUCACAGCCUGACAAAAUAAAGAAGGCAACCAAGAGCCACAAGUUUCCAGCUGAGCACAACAGCGAGAAAAGCAGACAUGAAGGGAGGACCCAAGCACCAGAUAUCGGGACUGCUUCUGCUCAGCACAAAGCCGCUGGGAGCUCGCCUGCCCAAGCGGAACAGGACCCGCGGUUUCAGCCGUACAACACGCGGUUACGGGACAACAGAAGGAUGGACCCCGAGGAGAACAGACCCGGGAGAUCCAGCCUUUACCAGCCCGGCAACGGAUCAAGAAACAGCACCAAGCACGCACUGACUUCCAACCGGCGCUCGCCCAGCCUGCUCUACCACUUCAACAUACUGAAAGAAGAAUCCGAAUACACCAGAGAAGCAUUCUGCUUGAGUGAAUGCAGGAAGGAGCAGGACGAGAGGGAGUAUUUCUGCUCCAGUGAAUUCGCGGUCAAUGGCAUCGUUCACGACAUCGAGGUCUUAAAGAAGGGUGUUGGCCUCGUCACGUUGCUCAUCAGCAGCGAUGGUUUUUAUAAAAUGAGUCGGCUCCACGUGGCACCGGACGGAUUCUUUUUCAAGGUUCGCGUUUUCGUGCUGGACACCUAUAAGUGUGCCAAGCCCUGCCCGGAUUUUAAACUGGGGAGCAGGUACAUCGUGAUGGCUCAGAUCUACCACCGGAGGCGCCACCUCUCCAGCGAGCUGCUGGCACUGCUAGCUCCGAGGCUGCGGCCGGGUGACGGGCUGGUCCGCAGCAACAGCUACGUGAAGAGAUUCAACAGGAAGAGGGACCAGAGGGUGCAGGAGGUGGCUUACAGCAAGUGCAAAUGAGCGUGGUGGCAUGGGACCCCGCGUGGAACAAGAGAGCGAGAGCGAGAGAGAGAGAGAGAGAGAGACUGUGCUCUGAACCCCUGCCCUGGUAACCGCUGGGAGUCCAAUCUGCAAAGGGUGGAAAUUCACACUUUAGAUCCACUGCUUAUCUAUUCCCGGAGUGCUUUUCUUAUUUGUAUUUUUUUUUUAAAGGGUGUAACUUGGCUGCAGCAAUCAGAAAGCUUUCAUUAGCUUUAUCAUUUUCACAACCAUUAUCCAGCUGUCAUCUGUUAUAUGCUUACAGGCACAACAUUCUGUAGUUUUAUCAGGAACAGGAGCCAGGCUCACGAGAGCAGAGGGAGACCGAGCAGCUCUUGCAAUCACUGCUGCAGAGUAUACUUCCCCGAAAGGACAGACUGUACCUGGGCUUCGAUCACACCGUAGUUGAUAGAUGUCAAUACGUGUUGUAUGCAAUCUUGACCCUGAUUUUCAAUGUAGUCACACAUCUGUCUUUGCUGAUUGUAACUGGAGCGUGUGCGGUUGUGUGUGUGUGUCUAGUGGAAGUGUAUGAAAUGUAUGAAAGAAUCACACAAGAAGUGCUGGGGUAAACUUUAAACCAUGUCUGUAUUUAUGGAAGCUGGUGCAGGCCACAGGAGUUUUGUUUACAUUAUGACUGGUCUGUCCUGUUAGCAUUGGGAUGGCUUUAAAUAGAAAACCCUUUUCAUCUUCCCCAAAUGGAAAUACUGUGCUGCUUUCUGAGUUUUCCCCUUCUUAUCAGUAUUCAGGAAAUGCACUGUAUAUUUAAAAAAAAAAAAAAAAAAAAAAAAAAAUCUUUUCCACGGGAAGGUAUUUUCUUAACUUUUAUGUUGUGCAUGUCAAAUAUUUGCCAGCAAAUGGACUUGAAAGCCAGGUUCAAUAUAUCAAGGGUGUUUAUCUAAAUGAAGCAGUAAAUCUCAUGGUGGAAAUGUGAUCAGAGCUGCACCUGGACUUGCGGCUCCAGCGAGGCACCGUCUCCUGCCCUGACUGGAGGAGAUCGCGCCCACCGUCGCUGGGCUUGCUUAUUUAAGAGCAAUAAUAUAGUCACACGCAAACCCUCACAAGAGCUGGGCUCAGAGGAGGCACUUUUAAAAAAGUAAAUGAAACCUGCCUCUUUACUUUCUCCGUGAAGUCUCUAAUCUCAGGUCUCGGGACGGAUCCGAUUUCAAAUAUUUCCCCGUGUGGACGGAGGGAGGGAGGGAGGGAAGGUUUAG